AUGCUUGCUGGUCUCGAACGUACUUCGGGAUACCUCGAUGAUGUUUUAGUUGGCGCAGUCGACGAAGAAGACCAGGAAUUCGGAUUCGCCAUCAAAGCCGAAAAGUGCUCGUUUGGCCAGCGACAGAUCAAAUACGUUGGACACCUCAUCGAUGAGCACGGUUUGCAUCCGGAUCCAUCCAAAGUCGAAACCUUCUGCCGAGUGCCGAAAAACGUUUCGGAAGUACGCUCGUUCUUGGGGGCGAUCAAUUAUUAUGGGAAUUUCGUCCCGAGUAUGCACAAGCUUCGAUAUCCGCUCGAUGAGCUGCUCAAAGCUAACAAAAAUUUCGCCUGGAUGGCAGAGUGUAAGACAUCCUUCAGUACCUUCAAGCAGAUUCUUCAGUCCGACUUGUUGCUGAAGCACUACAAUCCGUAG